AUGAAAGCUAUUAAAACUUGGCAGUUGCGAAAAAUUGUAGAUAACCACACAUGCAGUAGGGAAUUCAACCUAUGUGUACUUAGUUCAAAGUGGUUGAGUAAGAAAUUGGAAAAAACAGUUAAGGAAAAUCCAAGAGUGAAAGGAAUUGAAAUCCGGGAAAAAAUCAGUAGAAAAUGGAAUGUUGGUAUCUCAAGGUGUAUGGCUUAUAGGGCCAAAGCCAUUGUAGCACAAAAUGUUGAAGGGUUCUUUAAAGAACAAUACAAAAGGAUAUAUGAUUACGCGCAUGAGCUUCUAGCAAGAAAUCCAAGAUCAACAGUGAAAGUUAAUGUUGAGGAGAAUGAAGGGGAGCCAAUAUUCAAGAGGUUUUACGCAUGUUUGAAAGCAUGCAAAGACAGUUUCAUUUCAUGCAGACCUAUAAUUGGAUUGGAUGAGGCUUUCUUGAAAAGGAAAUACAGAGGAGAGUUGUUAACAGUCAUUGGUCGAGAUGCUAAUGACCAAAUGUUGCCCAUUGCAUAUGUAGUAGUGGAGGUUGAGAAUAAGGAUUCCUGGUCCUGGUUUUUAGAGCUGCUUAUUGAGGACCUUGGUGGAUCUGUAGUGUGUACAUCUUAUAUAUUUAUAUCUGAUAAGCAAAAGGGGCUGCUACUAGCCAUACAAGAACUUCUGCCUGGAGUUGAUCAACGUUUCUGUGUAAGGCACUUGUAUGCUAAUUUUAGAAAGAAAUUUCCAGCCAAAGGUCUGAGACGUCUUAUGUGGAGAGCAGCUGCAGCCACACACCCACAAGCAUGGGAAAGGGAGAUGAGGAAUAUAAAAGAUGUGAAUGAAGAUGCAUUUAAGCAUCUGAUUGCAAUCCCACCCAGAUAUUGGUCUAUAUCAAGAUUUACCACAAAGGCUCAAUCUGAUACCUUGGUUAACAAUAUGUUCGAGGCCUUCAAUAGUGUAUUGUUGCAUACAAGGACUAAGCCUGUGAUAAGCAUCUGGUCAGCAGAGAAAUUAUUUAAAGUUAGGCACGUCUCACAGUUAGAGGAAAGGUUUGUUGUCAAUAUAGACGAACAAUCGUGCACAUGCAGGAAAUGGAGUAUAAGUGGUAUUCCCUGCUUCCAUUCACUGUCUGCAAUGAAGUUUCUAAACCUCAAUGGAGAAGACUUCAUCCCAGCAGUCUUUAGGAAGUCCACUUAUGAAGAGAUAUACAUUUCCAUAAUAUUUCCCAUCAAUGGUCAGAGUUUAUGGGAGAAAACUCUAUACCCUGAUGUCUUACCCCCCUCGAAGAGAAUUUUACCAGGCAGACCGAAGAAAAAAAGAAGAUUAGAGCAAUGGGAGAUCAGAAGAGAUGACACAAGACUGAGAAAAGGUGGUUUAGGUAAAACUUGUCGUCUUUGUAAGCAAAUUGAGCAUAAUAGAAGGGCUUGUUCGAAAGCAAUUGAAAUUCAUAUGGCUCAAUUAAGGGAAGCCCAGCUGCAUCGUCCAACUGAAGGAUCCCAAGAAACAACACCCACUGAUGCAUCUGAACAGCAAACUCAACCAUCUUAG